CGUAGUCCUGACAAGGAAAAAUAAAACAGGUGGCGAUGGAGGCGAGUGGCGGCAAGCCGGAGGCGCUGUGCCGGGUGUGCGGAGACAAGGCCUCCGGGAAGCACUACGGCGUGCCCUCCUGCGACGGCUGCCGCGGCUUCUUCAAGAGGAGCAUCAGACGGAACUUGGAUUAUGUGUGCAAAGAGAACGGGCGGUGCGUGGUGGACGUGACGCGCCGCAACCAGUGCCAGGCGUGCCGCUUCUCCAAGUGCCUGCGGGUCAACAUGAAGAAAGACGCGGUACAACACGAGCGAGCCCCGCGACCGGCCAUGCCUUCAUCGCACCACCAGUUGACCCUUCAGAAGUUGGGCUACAGCUUCAACCGCCAGCAAGCCUUCUUCCCCUCCCCCACCCCUCUCACCUUCGCCGGCUUCCCCCAUCUCGCGUACAGCAGCAUUCCACACGCACCCGAUUCACUCCCCCCUACCCACUUACACGGAUCUUUUCUAGAAAGCCCGACAUUCCAAGACUUUUCCUCCCGACAACCUGAUGCCGUCGCAGAGGCUAUGCCACAAAUGCACCCGCUUCUCGGAACUCAAAUCGGCCCGCUAACGGCUCUCAAUCCGUUCAAGAUGCCGCUAUUCUCCACGCCACUACACUACCCGGUACCCCAUCCAGGCUACUUCCAAUCCAACAUAUUUUAUCCUCCCGUUGUGACGUCGGAAGGCUCAACAAUCGAAGCCCAGACUUCUAGUAAUCCGUUACAAGAUGUAUUGAGCCCAUCUAAAUACUCAUCACGCAUAGAAAAUACAAAUAAACCCGAUUCACAACUACAAGAACGAAUUAAAGAAGAUGAAGUGUCUAGUUCAGAGGAAGCGUGUAGAACAGAAUGCUCCACUGACGACAUCAGUAAAGCUGAUUCCAGGAACCACCCUUUACAUUCUCCAAAUAAUUUUGAACCGCCGGUGUAUGUAGUGCCAAGAAAUUUGGAAAAGCACAGCUCACAGGCGACAAGCUACAAAAACCGUUCGGAACAUAAUCCCAGAGACCGCCAGAAUAUAGUUCGCUUAGCAGAAAGCAUGCAAAAAUCAUCUGAAGAAAUCGAUAACUUUGAAGGGAAAAUGCGAAAAACAAACCUAGACUAUUUGUGUUACACGUCCGACGAUGUGUACGACCCAGCAGCGAAAGUGUUGGUGCUCACAAUAAAAUGGUUGCACGGAGUUUCGUCUUUUGUGCAAAUGAAGAACACGGAACAGUUAUGUUUGUUACAUAAUUAUUGGAAAGAAUUGUUCAUCCUUACGGCAGCACAACAUUCCUUCCGCCUUGAUGAAGAUAUAAUGGCUCUGCAUGUACACUAUAAACGCCAAAACACUCAAGAUGAUUUUAAGAAAUUAACUACUCUAUUAAAACGAAUAUCGCAUUGCAAAUUAGACAAAUCAGAAUAUGACUGGCUGAAAUCUGCUCUGCUCUUUCGCACAGAUAACGUGGAUAGCCCUACCUCGCCUCAAAUUGAAAUGCUGCAAGAGCAAACUUUACUUCUUCUCCAAAAGCACUGCUCAGCAAAGGACGCGCGCCGCCUGGGGCGUAUCAUGCUACUAUUGCCCAGCAUAUGCUCGCUGGCCAGCCAAGGGCUCCUAGAAAACUUGCUCUUCCCUUCAACCCCUGUUGAAGAAAUCCACAUGACGCUGUCCAGAAUUUUCAUGUUGUACGCGAACAAAAUGAAAAUUCUGCUAAUUUAUCAAGAGAUGAAAAUGUUUUAGAAAGCGUUGAAAAUAUUGCAAACUUGCCUCGUAGUGAAAAUGAAAAUGCUAAGAAUAAAAUAUAGGAUGCGAUUUUAUUUAUUAAUAUGUCAUGACAAUGUAGCUUUCCUUUCAUUUACAUUUUUAUUGAUGAUAAUAUUGAUCAAGUCUUUUCUUGUACCUAAUCUCUAUAACGUGUGCAACAGAGGCAAUAAAUAAAGUCGAGACUUAUAUUCAGAGCAAACUAGUUUC